CCCGGCGCCCCCCCGCCGAGCAGCCCCCCCGCAGCAGCCUCUUCGCCAGAGCCAUGAACGAGGAGUACGACGUCAUCGUCCUCGGCACCGGCCUCACGGAAUGCAUCCUCUCCGGCAUUAUGUCGGUGAACGGAAAGAAGGUCCUGCACAUGGAUCGCAAUGCGUACUACGGCGGGGAAAGCGCGUCUAUCACCCCCCUGGAAGAUCUAUACAAACGGUUUAAUCUCCCGGGAUCCCCGCCGGAGUCGAUGGGCCGAGGACGAGACUGGAACGUGGAUCUGAUUCCCAAAUUCCUGAUGGCUAACGGCCAGCUGGUUAAGAUGUUGCUGUACACCGAAGUUACCCGCUACCUGGACUUCAAGGUGAUCGAAGGCAGCUUUGUCUACAAGGGAGGAAAGAUUUACAAAGUUCCAUCGACUGAGGCGGAAGCCCUGGCCUCCAGUCUGAUGGGCUUGUUCGAGAAGCGGCGUUUCCGCAAGUUCCUGGUGUAUGUCGCCAACUGCGACGAGAACGACGCCCGCACCUUCGAAGGGGUCGACCCCAAGAAGAACACCAUGAGGGACGUCUACAAGAAGUUUGACCUGGGCCAGGACGUGAUUGACUUCACCGGCCACGCUCUCGCCCUCUACAGGACUGACGACUACCUAGACCAGCCUUGCCUAGAAACCAUCAACAGGAUCAAGCUGUACAGCGAUUCUCUGGCCCGAUACGGCAAAAGCCCCUACCUGUACCCGCUCUAUGGCCUGGGGGAGCUGCCCCAGGGAUUUGCAAGGUUAAGUGCCAUCUACGGAGGCACCUACAUGCUGAACAAGCCGAUCGAGGAGAUUGUCGUGGAAAACGGCCAAGUGGUUGGAGUGAAAUCAGAAGGGGAGAUAGCCCGCUGCAAGCAGCUCAUCUGCGACCCCAGCUACGUCCCAGACAAAGUCAAGAAAGUGGGGAAGGUCAUCCGGGUCAUCUGCAUCCUGAGCCACCCCAUCAAGAACACCAACGACGCCAACUCGUGCCAGAUCAUCAUUCCCCAAAAUCAGGUCAACAGGAAGUCCGACAUCUACGUCUGCAUGAUCUCUUCCGCGCACAACGUGGCGGCGCAAGGGAAGUACAUCGCCAUCGUGAGCACUACGGUGGAGACCAACGACCCCGAGAAGGAGAUCAAGCCCGCCUUGGAGCUCCUGGAGCCGGUUGAGCAGAAGUUUGUUAGCGUCAGCGACCUGUUUGCACCGACCGACCUGGGCAGAGAGAGCCAGAUCUUUAUUUCCCGCACCUACGACGCCACCACCCACUUCGAGACGACCUGCGACGACAUCAAAGAUAUUUACAAGCGGAUGAUGGGCGUAGACUUUGAUUUUGAAGAGAUGAAGCGGAAGAAGAACGACAUCUACGGCGAGGAGGACCCGCAGUAGUGUGGGGGGGCGGGUGCGGGUGCCGGAGCCUUAAUCCGGGCUCUCGAUCGGCUGGCAGGGGUGCGACGCGCAGAGGAACUGAAGCGAAGGCCCCGUCUGAAAUUCAAUAUUGUAAGGCCUGCUUUUUUUGGGUUUUUUUUUUUUUGUAAUCCUGUCUCCGAGACUGAAAGGAAAAACAAAACAAAAUGAGUCCUUCACUGGCAAAAACGCUCUCUCCCUCCCCCCCUCGGAUGUAAUCACGUGUCAAUUCUUUAAAAGGAAGGCCGCUGUGUCAAAAUUGGCCGACGCUGACCCGCUUUCCCGAUCCCUAACUUUGGCGAAAGAUCAGCCCCCGUUAAAACGUCUCUCGCUGAUCUCGGGUCGAGGACGGCUCAGACGCCCGCGUCGCUUUCUGUGACCCCUUCUCCUGCCCCUUUCAGUCUCUGCUUCUGUCCAAGUUGCGGCCACCCACUGCCCCCCCCCCCCCGCCCAGCCAUGGGUGCACGGAACCCAUGAAUAGCCUCUAAUUGGGGGUGGGGUCUCAUCCCACACAGCCUUUUCCCAUCCGGUCUUAACUUCAUGGCAAGCUGUCAUUACGGCCAAAGUCCACAGCAACUGUAGCCUUUGUGGUAGGAUUUCUCCCUAGCACACUCCGCCUUUUUCCUUCUCCUUCCCCCCCACUAAAAGCUUCUCAAACUGUUUACAUCUGUCGGGAAACGGCCUCUCUUUUGUGUUUUCGGAAGCGAUACUAAUAAAUCGGUGCGAGAACAAAACACCUCCAAAGCAGGCCCAGCUGUGUAUGUCUGUGUUUGCAAGUUUUAACCCUACUCCUUUUCUUCCCACCCCUACCCCUACCCCACCUCCCCCCCCCCCCCCCCCGCACCAUGCGUGGCUUCUCAGGUGGACCAAACUGCACUGCAGUAUUGAUUUGACGGAGCCGGGCUUCCCGUCCGGGGAAGGCUCCAGAUGACUUCUGUACUGCCAAGUAAAGCCAACUUUCUGGAAAC